AUGGCUCCCAACGCCCACUCUUUCAGCAGGAACUUCACUGAAUACUCGGGAAAAACUGCCCGAUUUGCACACCUUGCGGCCGUCCACCCGGAGCUGGUCCCCGCCGAUGAGCCCAAUAUUACAUGGCAGACUAUAAAACCCCCGGACCGACAGCCGCUCCUAAGUUUAGCGAAGGUAGAGGCCGUCGAUUCCCUUUACGAGACUUCGGGGCCACGGCUCACGGGAACGAUUUUAUACACCUUCAACGCCCCGGUUGGAGCCAACCGCGGGCCCGUCACCAGCACCGUCUUGUCGAUUUGGAUCGCUACCAUUUCGACCUCCCACGCCACCGUGCACUUCAUCGCCAUCCUAGAUAGUUUCAGCGAGGGGUGA